GUACAGGCAUGCAGCCAUGGCGUCGACUCAUAGGAUCUCCUGUUCGUUCUACCCGCCAUUUCUCCUUGUUGCAGCCCUCCUACUCGCUCUUCUCUUCCAUUCCUCCCGCGCCGUAACUACCAUUGAGGCAACCAGCGACAAUGACGGCGAAUGCGGAUGGGCAGAGACGAAGUCAGGAGCCACGAGCGCUGUAAUAUACGGACCCGACGCCGCAGACACACCGAUACUCUCAGCCCCAGGCGCAUUUCCCGCUGGUGAUCGGAAUCUUAGAGAAGAGGAAGCGCGCGCGGUAGUAGCCGCGGAGGAGCGCGCGCGGCUGGCGGAGCGGCGCGCGAAGGAGCUCGACGCGGAGCUCCGCGCGGCGCUGGGGAACGUGGCGCGACUGGAAGACGCAGUCACACAGAUGGAGGAGCACCUGGCAAUGGCGGAAAAGCGGUGUGGGGAGAAGAGGGCAGAGGCGGGGAGGCAGUUGAAGGCGUGCAUUGGGGAGAGGGAGAGAGCCAAGGUGCAGCUGCACGAGUGUGCUUUCCUGGCAGCGAGAGAGGAGCAGGGCUGAGGGAGGGAGGUCAGCUGCAGCAACAGAGAGGGAGCUAAGCUUGCCAAUCCCGCACAGUGCCUCGGCAUAUUGGCCACAAAGGACAUUGUCAGUGUGGUGGCUGUGAGCCACCAGUCACUCCUCCUGCCUGUCAUUGUGCCGUGCCGGGGCACUGAAUCAUGGACCGUGUGUCAGAAAGUAGAACUAGGCUAGGAGGUAGUGAAGGCCGCCAUGAAAGUGGCGGCGGGGUUUAGCUAGGAGGUAGGCGAGAGUGUCGAGAGAAGAAGUGUUGGACUAGGAAGAGAGAGGCAUACAAGGAGGGGUUUGUACCCUCUACAGAAAGGUUCAGUAACAACCUACCAAGCCUAUAUAAAUUAUAACUUCUCAUGCGUUUCAAUACACUCGAACAGUGUCAACUUAUACAUAUGAUCUAUGUAGAAGUUAUAGGCUAGACUAGGUGUGUGUUUCUAGUGAGUACAACCCAACAGGUAUAUGUUCUAGGUUUCUCCUUCUAG